CUGGCCAUGGCAGAACACUGACAUUCAUGUCUUGCAGGAAAUCACGCACAGAAUGAGCAGUAUGGCUGGUGGCAUUGUCAUGCUGGAGGGUUAAUACAACUUUGAUCUUCUUUUGCAAAAUGAGUAACGAUAUGACUUUAAAAAUGGCCAGAAGCAAGAUGCAUUACAAGAGAAGAAAACCUGGGUGGUUAACAGAAGUGUUUGAACUUCCUGAUCCAAAGACAAUGAAAGCAGGACAAUACUCCCUUAAAACAAUAUUGGCAUACAGUGCCUUCGGAAAGUUUUCAGACCCCUUGACUUUUUACACAUUUUGUUACGUUACAGCCAUAUUGUAACAUUUAUUAAAUUAAACAAUGUCCUUAGCAAUCUGCGUUCAAAAGUGCUACCCACGCUGCAAGGAAAUAGGCCUGGACCUCGACAUUGCAUCCAAACCUGCAAAAAACAAAACUUACAUUUCAGUUACUGGUAAUGGUGUAAAUAUUUACUAAUAGGAUGUAAAAAGGCUAAAGGAUAUGCGUCUUCUCUCUCUGAUAGCCUAGAAUACAUUUUUGAUCUUAAAGUGGAACUGACAGCGUUUUAGCAAUAUGUAAUCUUAGAUCUGUUCAUAUACAUCCCAGGAAGAUUAUAUAUAUUUUUAUUUACCGUUUUCAGACACGUGAUCACUUUUAGAUAUGGUCGUUUUUAUAAAUUCAUUGAAUGUUUGAGAAUGAAGUAUAGUAAGGCAUUUGUGAAAAUUCUAUAAGAAUAUAGUCAGAGGUGUCCACAUACUUUUGGGAUUUGUGUUAACGGUUAAAUCUUUAAAUAGUGGAUUUUGCAGAUUCCCUUGGCCUCCUGUUGGUUCACUUUUGUUCUUGCUGUGAAGACUGAUUUAUUUCUAGACGUAUUUUUUCUUCCCCAUUAAACGACAUGUUCAUUGACUAGCCUAACUUUUCUACCUUUCAAAGCCUCUGUAGAUGAACCUCCUGAUCUUUUUUGAUGUGAAAAAUCCUAUGGAUAAUCUUUUUCUUUUUGCAAGUUUGUUUUUCAGCCAUUUUUGGAGUGACUUAUCAGUGGGCUAUUUCUAUUUCAUAAAAAAAAAAAAUUGAGGAGAGAUUAAGAAAGACACUGCAUCAAGACUUGCUUUGCAGUUACCCAUACUUUUCUAUUCUAAGGUCAACUAUGAAGUGAAAGUAUUUUUAUUUUUAAGGACACUUUCAUUGACAUUCUCAGGUGUUCCUCUGACACCUGUGGCAUUACAAGGUAUGCAAGUAAAUGUGUGACUGAGAUGCACAUUGCAGCUUUUUCUACUGCUUGCCAUUCAAACUUUAAAACUUGCAAACCGGUCUAUCCGGGAUCCUUGAGACAUCGCUACCGCAUUGUUUUGAAACACCAUGGAAACACUAAGAAUGUACAGCAACUUUUUUUUAAUGUCUACUUGGCAUUUUCUUUGUUGGACUUUUUGUCACCUUUUUUAGACAAAUGAAUGGAUUGUCUUUGUUUAUAUUUUAAUGAAUAAAUAUCUACUUUUUUUUUGUCAUUUAGACACUUAUCCAAGUGCUUACAGGUUCGUGGAUGUUUUUGUGAUAUACAUUUUUCUGAGCAGAUGUUAGUUUCAGCCAUUUUUGGAGGCUGAUUUAUUUUAUUUUUUUCCUUUUUUUUCUUGGGAGGAUUAACACACUUUUUUGAAAGUCUUCAUACUUCUCCCAUUUGUGGACUGCCUAAAAGGAGUUUCUUUCUGGCAUACUUUGGAGUGUCUUUGGAACAAAGGGUGCUGCGUCUCUGUGUCAACCGGCUGAGCAUGCGCCCCAAAAGCAGAAUGGUCUUUCCGUCCUUUCUGCCAUGUUUGACAGAACUCUUCAGAAACUACCAUGGUGGUUUCCAGCUUCAGCCAGCCCAGGACUUUAAGAUAGACCGUCUGUCUGGCCUCUCUUAGGUCUCCUGCAACAAACACCACACCUUCCGCUCAUGAUCCCCCUCACCGCUCAAAUGGCUCCUCGCCAAGUCCCCACACACCACCCUACGCCAACGCCAACCGAUCUACUCCCCACGUAGUGAGAAUGGUACGCCCCGGCUCUAUGAUUAGACCUCAUUGCUGUCGGAAGAUACCACUCCAGAGCGGGGGUGGUCGCCUGUGAGGAAUGGACACAGCGGGAGGGGCAAAAUGAACCAAUGGGAGUGCAGUGCUGAGAGGGGAGGUAGGAACACUCAACCCCUCCCCCCGAGCCCCCUCCGCAGGACUGAACCCUCUCGACAGGGAGGGAGAGGGGGGACUGGGACAGACAGGGAAGGGGAAACAAGUGAACAGAUAUUCGCCAGGACAGUUGCAGAAUGGCCACCAUGGAAACAUACCACCUGUACUAGUUCAGGACAUGAGAUCGCCACGUUGACCAUCUUUAAGACGAAACAGUCUCUGGGUAUCAGUAUCUCAGGUGGGAUGGAGAAUGAGAUGAUGUUUCCAGGAGGAGCUGCCUCUACCAGUGACGCUCUGAUGGCGAGGUAUGAGCUGGUUUCAGUGGACGGUGAGUCUCUGCAGCGUGUGACCCAUCCGCAUGCAGUGUUCAGCAACAAGGCCAAUGACCCAGUGGUGUUCGUCAAGAUUUUCAAGGGAACAGCUGACUUGCAUCAGAGGAAUCCACUGUCAGGCUUACACAAGUACUACACACAGUAUUUUUAUUGAACCUUUAUUUAACUAGGCAAGUCAGUUACAAUGACGGCCUACACCGGCCAAACCCGAAUUGUGCGCCGUCCUAUGGGACUCCCAAUCACAAA